GUUCCCUCCCUCUCUCCCGCCCGCCCUCGCUCCUCGCUCGCUCCUUCCCCCUCGCCCGCUCCCGCUUCCCGCGGCGCCCGGCCUCCCGCUCCGCCUCCCCGUGCGCGGCUCUCCCGGGCGCGGCUCCGGGGUUCAUGGUGACGAGGCGGCGGCCGCUCCAGCCCAGCGGCGGCGGCGGGAGCGGGAGCGGGGGCGCGGGCCCGGGCCGCCUCUCCCAGAGAGCGGGGCCGGGCGGCGGGCGCCCAGGCGGCGGCGGCGGCGAGCGCCCCCGGCCCGCGGCCCCGCGCGCCCCCCGCGCCGCGCGCCCGUGCGCCUGGCUGCCGGGGGGCCGGGCCGGCGGGCUGCCGCCGUGCCGCGCACCCAUGGACGGCCCGGCCAUCAUCACCCAGGUGACCAACCCCAAAGAGGACGAGGGCCGGGCCCCGGGCUCCGGCGAGAAAGCAUCCCAGUGCAACGUCAGCCUGAAGAAGCAGAGGAGCCGCAGCAUCCUCAGCUCCGUCUUCUGCUGCUUCCGUGAUUACAAUGUGGAGGCUCCUCCAGGCAGCAGCCCCGGUGUUCUUCCGCCGCUGGUGGAGGAGAACGGCGGGCUUCAGAAGGGUGACCAGAGGCAGAUCAUUCCCAUACCAAGUCCACCAGCUAAAUAUCUCCUUCCAGAGGUGACGGUGCUUGACUAUGGAAAGAAAUGUGUGGUCAUUGAUUUAGACGAAACAUUGGUGCACAGUUCAUUUAAGCCUAUUAGUAAUGCUGAUUUUAUUGUUCCCGUUGAAAUCGAUGGAACGAUACAUCAGGUGUAUGUGCUGAAGCGGCCACAUGUGGACGAGUUCCUCCAGAGGAUGGGGCAGCUGUUUGAGUGUGUGCUCUUCACUGCCAGCUUGGCCAAGUACGCAGACCCUGUGGCUGACCUGCUGGACCGCUGGGGUGUGUUCCGGGCCCGGCUCUUCCGAGAAUCGUGUGUUUUCCAUCGAGGGAACUAUGUGAAAGACCUGAGUCGCCUUGGGCGGGAGCUGAGCAAAGUGAUCAUCGUGGACAAUUCUCCUGCCUCGUACAUCUUCCAUCCUGAGAAUGCAGUGCCUGUGCAGUCCUGGUUCGAUGACAUGACGGACACGGAGCUACUGGACCUCAUCCCCUUCUUUGAGGGCCUGAGCCAGGAAGACGACGUGUACAGCAUGCUGCACAGACUCUGCAGUAGGUAGCCCCGGCCUCCGCCCGCCUCCCGCCUGUGCACCCCGGAACCUCAGCCUCGGGACCUGCCUGGCCUCAGCUCCCCAGGAGCUAAGAGUGAGGACACGCCAUACUCCAGGCCACGGGGCGAAUGUGGCCAUACCUACCUGGUUUAUUUUUUAAGAACAGAAACAACUAUUUUAAAA